AUGGCCGCCCUCGCCCUCGCCGCCCUCUGCGCCGUCGCCCUGCUCGCCGCCGCCCCCGCCCUCGGGGCCAGCCAGCGGUGUGGUUCGCAGGUGCCCGAGGCGCCGGGGCUGCUGGUGAUGGACGUGGACGCGGGCGCCGACGACGCGCUGGCGCUGCUGCUGGUGCUGCGGCGGGAGGCGCUGGCGCCAAGCGCCGGCCUGCGCCUGAUCGCCGUCACGUGCACGCACGGCAACACGGCCCUCGCCCACGUGCAGCGCAACGUGCUCAAGACGCUGCACCUCGCGGGCCGCCUCGACAUUCCUGUAUUUUCUGGGGCAUCAGAUUCUUUAAUUUUGACACCACCUUUGGAUAAUUAUUUUGGCAAAGAUGGAUUUGGGGAUUUUGACUAUGAAAAUGCUCCUGAUCCUGCAGAAGCUUUGGAAAAAGAGCAUGCUGUGAAUGCACUGACCCGACUCGCAAGAGAGUAUCCUGGACAAAUUACCGUUUUAGCAACAGGCCCUCUAACAAAUUUGGCUCUAGCUAUUCGAAUGGAUCCAGAAUUCCUUAAUAAUUUGAAACAACUUGUCAUUAUGGGAGGGAGCUCUGAUGGUAUAGGAAAUGUCAAACCAGCAACAGAAUUUAAUUUCUUUUUGGACCCAGAAGCAGAUUUUAUAGUGUUCAAUUCUUCAAGAAAUGAAUCUAAACCUAUAUAUCUAGUACCUUGGGAAACAGUUGCCAUUAGAGACACAGUGAGCAUGGACUGGCGCCUUAACGUGUUUGGUAAAGUUGAAAGCAAGUACGUGGACUUCCUGAACAAAGCAGAGAGGAUAGCGCUGGCAACGGACGCCGAUUCCGAGCUGUGGAUAUCGGCCGACCCCGUGACGGCGGCCGUGCUCCUGAGGCCAGACCUCAUCGUGGCCUCGGAGCAGCGCCACGUGCAGGCCGAGACGGGCGGGCGGUACGGCCGGGGCGCCACCUUCGUCGGCUACGACGCGCCCAAGAACACCGUCAUUGUCAAGGCUUUCGACGCCCAACGUUUCCAAAACCUUCUCCUGGACAACUUAUCAUAAGGCUUUACACUCGGUUAUUUGCUCUGUUGUAAAUAAAUCAAACGAUUUCAACGUCCAGAAAGACAAUUCAUCAGAGGACAUAAAACAGAGUAAAUCUCUUUCGCAAUUUAAAUUUCAUCAUACAUUUAGAGAUAAAAGAUUUUCAUUUGACACCAGUAGUCUCUCACAUUUUAAAGCAGCACAACAAAACUUGCUGAAAAUUUUCAACCAAUUUCAAGUUUUCGAAUUCGUUAUUAUUUACACAUGCAAACAUUAACAUGCACAAUUAUUUGGAGAAAUAAUCACAGCACACAAAUCUCAUUUCAAUAUUAAAAGAUGCAUUAGUGUCAGAGCUCAUUUUCUAACACUAAUCAGGGGCCAAUAUAAGAUAAACAAACAGAAGAAACAGAUAAAAGACAUGCAAUUUAAGAUUAAUUCUUUGCCAUCAAAAAUUCAUUCUCAAAAGUAACUAAGUGAUGAAAAGUACGGGUUACAAAUUUGAAAAAUUAAGUGUUCAAAGAAUCUCGACGAUAAAAUUUGAACCUAAAAUUAAGACUCUGAAAAAGCAAAUUUCAAUCAUCAUUUUUUGACAACAAUAAAUGUUAGUUUCUUUGAAACCUAAUAAAAACGUGCAAGACUUCCAUAAAAUGAAGUUAUAUUCGCAUAUUUAUUCUACUCUUACAUAUAUUUAUGGAUUUCACCAUGAGCCAUCACCAACGUUCAUUUAAAUCAAUAUACAAGAAGAAAACAUUUUUUAAGCAUCUAUAUUUUGUAAAUAAGUCUACUUUUAGUAGAUAAAAGUAUUUAAAUAUAUAAUUUAUUUCUGAAUAAAUAGUAUUUUUUAAUAAACACUUUACCUGAAAGAAUGAAAUAUCAAAAAGUAAGUAAAAUGUAAUCAUCUAAAAGUAAGCAAGAAUAAUUCUAUUUGAUGAAAUGAAUUAGUAAAACAUAGAACAAAAAUGUAGAAAAAUUGUUGUCACAAUUUGGAAGGUAAUCACGGACAAUGUGAAUGAUAAUUGUUUAGAAAUAAUUCCUUGAAUUUUUCUCCUAAUUCUGACAUUGAACCUACUUUAUAAUCAAAGAAAUCAGUAAAGAUUUUCAUGAAAAUCUCACACAUCUAACAAAAAUGUGGGCUUCAUAGACAGCUUAUAUUAUUGUUCACAAAUACACAUACAAUUAAGAGAAGAAAUUUAACAUCUUAAUAGUAAAGAUUGGUUUUAUUAAAAUUCAUAUAUUUUAUAAAUAAAUAUAUACAUCUACAAAUACACAGAGUGCAUGUCAAAGACAGUUUUACAGAUCAUCAAUACAUUUUAGAAUUGUGUGUUACCUCCAUUUUACAGCUUGUCUUGUUUUUUAAACAAUUAAUAUUGAAGGAACACAAUAUCAAGCUUUUUCCAAAAGCAUACGCAUAUUUAGUUUCCCUUCUUUUUAAAAAGUAGGGGCAAAGGAUAAAAGGAAGAAUUUUAAUAAUAAUUGCAAUGUGAACUUCUUGACCAAAAAACUAAUUUAAACGAGCUGUAAUUGAAGUCUAUAUCAGAGGGUGUAGUAGCUAUGCAUCCACAUACUACGCCAAUUUUUUUAAUUGUAGCAUAGAAAAAAAUUCAUUGUGAUAAAAAAAAGAAUGAAUUUUAAUACUUCUAUGUCCUUUUUUUCAACAACAAGAAUCAAACUUUUGGGCUGGAAAAAAUUGUAAUAAAUAAAUCUUAACCAAGUUCAGAUGUAAACAAUUUUAGAAAAAUAAAACCAAGCUAAUAAUUCAAAUCACCACUACAUUAAAUUCCUGUCUUUAAAACUAGGAGUGAAGGUCCAUGUAGAAGGGAAAUAGGAGGUCAAUAAAACUUAUCUCAGCAGAAAUGCAAAGCAGGUAAUUCAGCUAGUUUAAUAUUCAUUCUAUGGCAACUCUUCAGAAUACUUCCUAUAUCUCCUAAUUCAUAGGAAUUCACAUUAAAAGGAAAAAACAGUGUCACUUGUGAAGGUCAUAAGAAACUUUUUUUAAAACAAACCACAAAGGUGGAAAAUUUUUCAUUUGUGGCUUAAGUUGUUUCCAUCUUGGAACUGAAUUUAACACAGCACAAUAAAUAAAAAUAUGCCCUAGAAACAAAGUUAGUCACAACCUUAGACAAAGACCCAUUAAGUGGCCUAUGGGUCCCACCUCAUUGCUGACGGCACCACAAU